CAAGAACUCAUACUGAGAAACUGAUAAAGUAAAGUGUUCUGUAGGAGACAGAGGAGACUUAAGCGCACCGGACUUUUAACGAGAUCAUGACGCUUCUUCAUGAGAUCACAGGAUGGCUCACAUCUCUUAUGUUUUACGUGCUUUGUGUUGCUUUAAUUGCAUUUGUUGCUUAUUGUCUGUAUGUUAGACAUGUUCAUCAGAAAUAUGAUCAUAUACCUGGACCUCCAAGGGAUAACUUUUUACUGGGACAUAUGCCAUCUUUUGUCAAAGCAACUUCAUCGAACAACAUCAUGCACGGUGUUUUCCUGAACUGGGCAGAAAAAUAUGGUCCUCUGUACAGACUUAACAGCUUUCAUUAUGCUAUGGUUGUGAUUCAUUGUCCUGAGGCUACAAAGACAAUCCUGAUGUCACCUAAGUAUCCUAAAGAUCCCAUUUUCUACAAACAACUAUUUAACUUGUUUGGGACAAGGUUCCUGGGAAACGGUCUGGUGACGGCUGUGGAUCAUGAUGUCUGGUACAGGCAGCGACGCAUCAUGGAUCCGGCCUUCAGCAGCUCAUACCUGCGAGGUCUGAUGGGCACGUUUAAUGAGAUGUCAGAACGCCUCAUGGACAAACUGGAGGAAAAUGCUGAUGGGAAAACUCCUGUUGUCAUGCAUGAUAUGGUCAACUGUGUCACACUCGAUGUCAUUACCAAGGUUUCAAACUCCUUUACUCUUAUCCACUUCUGUCCCCCUCUCCUGCUUAAUUACACUAAAAAAAUUAUAAAACCAAGACAUCUGAGGGCUGCUAACACAAUUCAACGGAUCCGUGACCCCUUCCACUGUCCGGGCCUGGAGGCUGAAGUAAAGCGGUUCUGCCAAGCCUGCCCAACUUGUCAGGUGACAUCGCCAAGGACGCCUCCCCCCAGUCCGCUGAUUCCUCUGCCUAUAAUUGAGGUGCCCUUCGAGCGCAUUGGGAAGGACCUUGUGGGGCCGCUGCCUAAGUCUGCCCGGGGACAACUCCUCUUCGGUCGGCAACCCCGUGGCCUCCUGGAUGUGGCAAAGGAAGCCUGGGAGCAACAGCCUGCAGCCCAUCGCUCUGUGGUGGAUCACGUGAAACAGAUGAGGGAGAAGAUUGACAGAGUCAUGGCAGUGGUCCUGGAGCAUAUGCUUCCCAGGGCUAAAGCAGAAGUGGACGAAGUCCUCGGGACAAAAAGGGAAAUUGUAAAUGAAGACCUUGGAAAACUCUGUUACUUGUCUCAGGUGUUGAAGGAAACCCUGCGACUGUAUCCCACUGCUCCAGGAACAUCUCGCUGGCUGCCUGAGGAUAUGAUUAUUAAUGGAUUUAAAAUCCCAGGAGGAUGUGCUGCUAUUUUCAGUUCUUAUGUCUCUGGAAGAAUGGAAAAGUUUUUUAAAGAUCCAAUGACGUUUGAUCCUGAGAGAUUUGAUGUAAAUGCCCCAAAGCCUUAUUACUGCUAUUACCCGUUUGCACUGGGACCACGAUCCUGUCUAGGGCAGGUUUUCUCACAGAUGGAGGCAAAAGUGGUGCUUGCUAAACUUCUUCAGAGAUUUGAGUUCAGUCUGGUUCCUGGACAGUCUUUUGACAUUAAAGACACGGGAACACUGCGGCCCUUAAGUGGAGUUAUUUGCAACAUUAAACACUGUACAGAGGACAUGUUCUAGGUCCAGGCCUUCCUAUGUACUGGACCGUCUACUAAUGUGCACUUUUUUUUUUUGAUUAAACAUUAACCUGAAUGGAGUUUUAAAGUCAUUAAAGACAUGUGUUUUAACUUUUAAUUUUUUUAUUUUUAAGCUUUAAUUUUACUAUGUUCCCUGAAGUGUAAUUAUAAUAAUAUAAGAUAUUUUUGCCCCAAGACGUACAAAAAUAAAAUUUAUUUACCGUG